AGACUACACAGGGACAGGUCAACAAUCUCAGUGGAGUCAUUACGUAGUACCUCCAUAGUAUACCUAAAAAGUAUUAUCGUGUUUCGAAUAAUAAUAACUUAAUAUAUGCAUUUUUUCGCGUAAAUAUGUACGCAGGGCGUUCACCGAAAGGUCCGCGGUCUCAACUCCCAAUGCUAAUAAAUAAUUAGUGGCGAAGAAACUAGAUGCGAGUUCGCAGCCACUCGACCACAAACAGAACCGCGAGCACGAUGGUCCGAGCCGGACGCUCGCGCCCUCUUGCCACCGCUGGUAUUUCGCGAUAUCUUUGCCUAUUUGCGAUUACCAGAGUAGUUACCGGUACAGAAUAUGGCAUUCCAAUAGAAAUAAAGUCGUGGGACUCCAAGCGGACCCCUUUAGCUCACAUGGUAGACGUUACAAACGAAUUUGGUUUAAAGGUUUUGGCGGAACACAACUUUUUAAAUGACAAUAAUAUUGCAUUUUCCCCUUAUGGGUUAAUGGGUAUUUUAGUUGCUCUGUAUGAAGGUGUCGACGGAGAGUCGUCGUACCAGAUCCAGCGGAGCAUGCAGCUGCCGUGGAACAGGAAUGUUAUGAGGAUUGGUUUCCGAGAUAUACAUCGCACUCUUAAAACAUACUUUGUUCCUGAGGAGGGCUUUCUCGCAGGAUUGGCUCUUAAUAACGAAAAUGUUACUUUUACCGAAAGCUACAAAAAGAUUCUCCGAUUUUAUGGAUUUGAUUUAGAGAGUGAUCACUCACCCAGUUCCAAACCUACAGAAACCCCGCAAAUGACAACUAGUCUAGAUAAUUCUACAACAACUACAACUAGGACAAGUACUACAAGUACCACAGUGAGUAGUAGUAGUACACCAACCACAAUUAUUACAAUUGCAGAAAAAGUUACAAGUCGUGAAGAUCCAUCAACAGCUUCUACUAAAGCAACUAAAGAAGAAACUACACCGAAUCCACAAGUAGAAACUUUAGAUACUGUAGAUAUUCGCGGGGACAACGCAGACACCCCUGUACUUACCACCAGCGCAACUUCUACUGUUACUACUACUGGUAGCACUUCAAUGGAAACAACUACAAUGAAUGGAAGUACUACACAGAUGACGACAGUAUCUUCUGGUGCAAAAACAGACUCACUUACUGUUCCUUCCACCACUGAGACAAUGUUAUCAACAGACGCAUCUACUAUGCAAACUAUGCAAAUGACCACACAAGAGUCAACCGAUACAACUACUAUUUCUACGGAUUCAACAGUUACUGAGACCACAUCAACUUUACCAACUACAUCCAAUACAGAGAUCUUGAGUACAGGUUCUUCAACUAUGACUACCAAUACUCAAACGACAUCAGCUGGUUCGGUUACCGAAACGCAGCAAACUGAACAAAUCUCCACAAAUACUGAAACAACUGCAGAGUCGUCAACAAUGCCCACAACCUCCACAUUAGAAACACUAGAACGAAGAAAGAAGUCGGUACUCGACUUUUUGUACUCAAGCCCACUUUACGAUGAUGAUUACUUGGUGUAUAGGUCGUUUAAUGUUGGGACAGAAUUACCAACUGAAAAUUCAGAAGAGGACGAUACAAAUUUUAUGGCAAAUGGACUGAGGAAUAUUCAGGUAGCCUACAUGCAUUACGAUUCAGUGAUGGAAUACGCUUACCUUCCCCACCUCGAAGCGUCAGCUCUCCGUCUUCCCUUGGAUAGCGAGAGAUACUAUCUCCUAGUGAUCUUGCCAGUCAGGAGAGGUUCGGGCGAACUGGAAAGGUUGUUGGCCCGAAUGGCCCGUGAGUCGGAUCUCUCCGACGUGUAUGCCGCUUUGCAUCCUCGACGCGUGCGCGCGGUGGUGCCAAGUUUUAUAGUCAAGGGACAUGUGACUCUAACAACGGAUUUGCAAAAGAUCGGAAUCCGCGACGUGUUCGAGCCGCGCCAGCACGACUUCACGCCGAUGACGCCGCAGGGCGGCGUGUACGUGCGCAGCAUCGAGCAGGCCGUCUCCGUCGCCAUCCGCAAGUACCAGCCCGAUGUCAAGAACAGGUACAGCAGCAACCGUGGUCCAGUGAUAUUUUCUGCAACUUACCCCUUUCUGUACUUUGUGAUGGACAGCAAUAUCCACGUGGCACUGAUGGCAGGCAAAAUGGUAGACCCAUUAAACACGAGAAUACUAUAA